AUGUCAACUGACCAAGGACUAGUUUAAUUGGAACUAAACGAUAAUGCGAACUUAAGGAAGUACGCGAAUGAAUGCAAGGGCGUGCUGGUUCUUCGUAUACUGGUCAUAACCAGGACAAAGACAUUAUUUACAAAAUCAGUCAAUAUUGGUCAAUAGGUAACGUAUUUUGAAAGUUCAUCAAUAGACAAAAUGAAUGAAUUGCUGCAAAAACACGGGUGUUCUAACGUAUUCAGCGUCCCCGAAGGCCUCAGGGAAUUGAUGGCAGAUAUUACACGUGAAGUGCUGCGAGAACAGCCUCCCAAACUCUUCGACUUUAUCGCCAAUUAUCUCUCAGUGUUACUUCUCACGCGUGAGCACGGGGUCAUGGCGGUUAAAGUUCUGGAUGACUUAUGCGACUGCAGACCUUCGGUAUCCGAACAUCUACUACAGCUGGGUCUAGCUGGCGAGCAAGCGAGGGAUUUAGCUCAGAUUAUCAAGCAGGAGAUUGAACAAUUUGAGCCUGUUGCUGGAAGUGAAAAAAUUAAAGAAAUGCAGAUAAUGAAAACCAUAUUAACGCGAUCCACUUUAGACGAGGUGAUGGCGUCAAAAGUAUGUCAAGUCGCGAGAAACGCAUACAGAGAUUACUGGUAUAGAAAGAAGACACUAGAACAGUCUAUGAAAACUCAACCCGACGAACCGUGGGAGAUAGCGGCGCAACAUACCCUAGAAAUAUAUAAAAAAACUAAACCAUCAUUCACAGACAUGAACAGAGCUGCUGAAAAAAUUCAGGCGGCAUAUAGAGGAUACCAUCUUCGAAGAAACCUUCUAAAGCAUUUGAAACAAAAGAAGAAGGGUCCCAAAGUGGACUUGCCCGGCCCACCGCUGGACAUUGGAGGGUCCAGGGAAAUUGAACUGGGUCCAGUGCUUAAACUCCGUGUACCAAAAGACAAUGUGCGACCAAUGUUCGGAGAGCACGCCACACAGAAGCUGGGAAUACCGUACGACCCGAUGUUAACUAUCACCCACGUGCCAGAAGACCAGCAAUCGAUAACAAGUCAAGGAAGUAGAGGCAUUGGCAGGUUCACUGAUAUACCAGCCAUUAGAAGUCCAAGUAUUGGUAGCACUUCUACACCAGGCGCAAGACAGGUUUUAAUGACGGCCACAGUGGAAAUGAAGGGUCCAACUUCAGUCGGACAAUCCAUGCACAAAAUAUCCUUCGCUGAGGUGCCGCCGGAGGUGAUUCCAGAUUUCCAAUUGGAGUUUUUAAAAGAGAACGAUGUAUCUAAUGCUGCAGAACAGGAAAUACCAGAAGAUAUCUCAGAUGACAAGACAGAAGGUGAUGCUGAAAGUAUACCUGCAUCAGCGCCAUCUACAGCUCGCGACUCCGCUUCUAUAACAGACGUAGAAGAUGAAGGUGACAACGCUACAGUAAUAACUGACGAGGAAGCAGGAUAGAUGUAUUUUAAUGUUACGAAUACAAUGUUACAUAAUUUUAGUAAUAACUUUAUUUAACGUUUGCAAGAAUAAUAUUUAGUUUCACAAUUUAUGUCGAAUAUUCUUUACGAAAUUAGUUUAUGUUACGUUUAUUAAAUAGUA